AUGGAGUCAGAUGCAGACAUUCCCAAGGCACCAAAGAAAAUAGAGUUUGCAAGAAUAAUCAAGAAACCUCAAGCCAGUGCUAUGAAGAAAGGGAUGAAGGAGAAGAAGGCAAAGAAUGAUCCUGUACUGGUAAGCAAGCCUAAACGAGGAAAGAAGAUUAAAGAUGACCUGGAUGAGGCAAUGGAAUUCGAAACUAUUUCACAAGAUGAAGCCACUCAGUCAAAGAAUCCUUCAGUGAAUAAUGUAAAUAAGGAGGAGGACACCCAGGAUGUUGCAGAGCAACAAAUUUUGUAUUCUAUAGAGGUUGAGUCUUUUAAGGAGAAUGUUAAAUCAGCUAAGGCAGAGGUUGCUGCACCAAGUGGUGAUACCGGUGCACAAGAGUCACCCAAAGAAGACAAAACCAGAUCGGUUGAGGCUGAGAAAAAGGUAGAAGAAAAACAAGAGGAACCAAAUAAAGGGAACGUAAGGUAA